AUGGGUCGCCCAAAGAAGACUGCUGCUGCCUCAUCGCCCAAAAAAGUCAAGUCGCCCAAGAUGAAGGCCGAGAGGAAGAAGAAGGACCCGAAUGCACCGAAACGCGCUCAAUCCGCUUAUAUGCUGUGGUUGAACGAGAACCGCGCUAAACUGUCCAAGCCAGGAAUGAGCGUUGUUGAUGUGUCCCGGGCCGCCGGUGUUGAAUGGGCUACAGUGAAGGACAAGUCGAAAUGGGAAAAAAUGGCAGCCGAGGAGAAGAAACGGUACGAGAAAGAAAUGGCCGCAUACAAAGCUGGAGGAUCAUCCGGUUCAUCGCCAAAAAAGUCCGGAAAGGCUAAGACGAAGUAA